GUUUAGGGAAAUGGAACAGCCUUAGCCUGCUUUGAGAAGCUAGCAAGCAGCUAAAUACCUCAACAUCCUGCUUACAGAAAGUACCGUCUCUGUCAACGGAUGAUGUAUUUUGAGAACCUGUACUGAUAAAUAUACAUAUAUCUAUCUCCAGAAACAGUUGUCAAAACAAAUCCGUAGUUGUAGAUAAAGUUUAUUCGAUUUACGUAGCCGUUAGCUUGAUUGGCAUUUCGGAAAACACUUAUAAUCAAAGCAUUAUAAAUUCUGCCGAGACAAGCACGGUAACGAACUACCUAACCCCGUCCAGUUAACGACCAUGUCUGAGCUUGUUAUUUUGGUACUCAUUAUCUUUCUAAUACUCUGUCUGUUGGUCACAAUAGUGGGGUAUGUGCUAUACUCCGGGCUGCUUUCCGAUAUUAACAUCAAAACAGGUUCUCCUCCAAUCAAGAAUAUAACCUUUGCCUACAGAUUCAAACAGGGACCUUACAAAGAGUGCGGAACAGUCUUCACCGAAAGUUGUAGUAUUGGGCCUAAGCUCUCCAGCAUCGGAGUGUUCUAUGAUGAUCCAAACCAGGUGACUCCGGAGAAGUGCCGCUAUGCGGUAGGCAGCAUUCUGAGCGAGGGGGAGGACCAGCCCAACCAGGCCAUGCUGCAGCUCUACCAGAAGUUCGGUUUCCAGGUCUUCUCCUUCCCUGCUGUCACACACGCCGUCACAGUCUCCUUCCCUCACAGGACAAGCCUCUCCAUCUUCCUGGGGGUGCAGCGGGUCUACCCCUUACUGAAAUCAUACAUCAAGGACAGGAAGCUCUGUGCCCACCCCUACCUGGAGAUCUACAAGGGCGAUCUGAUCUACUACAUGAGUCCGUUGGCGCGUCAGAGUGACUUCUACGUGCCCGAAGUGCAGGCAGCUGAGAGGAAUCCUCAGGACGCUGAAGAGUCUGAGGAUGACAGGGGGACAGACAUCACCGGUGUGGACUCCAACAGCGAGGUCAGCUCUGUGAGUCACAUGGUCAUGUCAGACAGCAGGGAGACCUCGCUGGCGCCGUCCACUGUACCGUCUGUGCCUCCAGGGGAGCCGGGGGAUGAAGACCAUUAUGGUGACCAGAGCUCUGGCGAGUCUGUGGACAGCAGCUCAUCGUUCGAGGAGCUGAACUUAGACCUACAAGAGGGGAAAGACCUUUCCAUAGACCCUGAGGUCAAAAUCCCCAGUGGUAAGGUCCCCACAAACCCAUUUGAGGAACGGGGAGCAGUAGCAGAAGAGGAAGAAUAAGACGAAGUGAGGAGGAGGAAGAUAAGAAGCUGUCAGUGGAGAGUGUCUGUAAUGUCUUUUGGAAAUCUUUGCAUAUAUGGUUUGAAUUCUUUAUUUCAUGCAAAGCUGUUAAUGAAUCCCAGCCUAUGGUCUUACAAUGACAUGAAAUGCACAAUGGCUACCUCUGUGUGCCAACACUGAUCAGUUAUAGCCCACUAAUGAUACCCUUCAGGUCUGGAGGAGCAGAAUUUCUCACUUCCCUUUAUCACCUAUAGUUGUCCCUCUUUUGUGUAAGACAGGAAACUUCCUCUCUCAAAUGGAUGCUGGAGUUUGUAAGGGUUAAAUGAACAAAAGGAAUUCAGUAAAUGAAGAGAAUGUUUUAAAUGUCAAUGGUUUGAAGUAGUUUCAGCCUGUAAUGUUAACUAUUUUUUUUUUGUCAGUCAAAAUUUGCUGAAGAUGCAAUUAGUUGUUUCAAGGUCGCAGUUAAAAUUAACAAGUAUUUGAAAGUGUUAAUCUAAAUGAUUUUCUAAUUUAUUUUUGUUUAAUGCUGAUUAUACAUUAAAUGUUAAUGUUUUAAAAUACAUGUUAACAGCAUGGUGUCAUUUCGUUUCUGUAUACGUGUGUGUGUGUGUGUGUGUGUGUGUGUGUGUAUAUGUAUGUAUAUAUAUAUGCAUACACACAUACAUAUAAUAAUAUACUAUAUGUAUAUAUUCCCAUACAUAUUGUAAUGUGAGAAAAGGCCUGUCGCCUAUAUCUAUACAUUAUCCAGAUUUAUUUUCCACAAUUCUUUUGUUUUCCAGUAUCGUCAGUUUGUUUUGGAAGACUACUGGUUAAAAAAACAGGGUCCAAUUUUAUAUUCUUAAAUUCUGUCUUAAUUAAAAACUGAUUGAUUGAUCAAUUGUUUAUUUUGUGUACUUCAGCAGUCUGUUUUGCAUGCACCUUUUCUUGACAAAUCAAAUUUAACAGAGCCUUCAUUUAUAAUUAGUCAUAGCAUAGUUUGUAAAGAAAAUAAAAGAAAUGCUCCCCAUUUUCCGCAAUAUCCUGUAGUAUUUCUUAUGUUCCCUUCUGUUCUGUUACUUGUAUUUUGUGUUUUACCAUUUAAGGUGUUUUACCAUUGUAAUAUUGUAGUCCUAAUCAUUAAUGUUUCUCUGUCAUGACCUUUUCUAUACUGCAGUUAAUAGUGACCUGUGCAUUAUUAAGAUAUAUUUAAGUGUUUUGACUUUGGACUGUUCAGAGCUGGUUUUUGACUUGUGGUCUGUAAUAAAAUGUAUUUCGGUUGCAAAUGCAAAGAA